AUGUAUCUCCUGUCUAUUAUCGAUGACUAUAUUAGAAAAAUGUGGGCCUAUCUAUUGAAAGUUAAAUCUGAGACUUUUUAUAAUUUCAAUAACUGGAAGAGACAAGUGAAAAACCAAACUGGUAAGAAAAUCAAUUUUUUAAGGACAGAUAACGACCUAGAGUUUUGCAACACGGAAUUUGAGACAAUGAAUUGUGACACUCCAUAUGAGAGAUGGUCAGGUAAACUGAGUGAUUAUUUUAUGUUUAGAACUUUUGGCUGUGCUGCCUUUUCUCAUCAAAGCGAGGGAAAGUUGGAACUUAGAGCUAGAAAGGAUGUCACAUUUAACGAGAAUGAGAUGCCGUGUAUUAAAGGGAAAAUCGAACCUGUGAGUAAAGCUGAACCAGGUAAGGAGAGACAUCGGUUUAAGGUGGAGUUAGGAAAAUUUAGUACACCUGUCCCUACUACUCCAAUUGAGGUGGAGAUUCAGGUUUAG